AUGGAAGCUAUUUCAGUUAGGGAUGCCGGAUUGCAGUUGAACAAGAAGGCAGAACAGUAUCAAAGGCCUUUGGAUGUGGUGCGGUUUUUGCAAGAUGAGUUUGGGAAGAACGAUGUGAAAUUGUCUAGAUUUGAAGAUCUGAAGAUGAACAUCGCGGAUAAGGUGGUUCGGAAGCAUGACAAUGAGGUUCCGGUUUUGCGUGACGCCUCUGAUGAGGUUGUCAAGACGUACAAGGUUGUCAUCAAGUUCGCGUUUGCCGGUCUCGAGGAAACCGAGCUGUGUCAGGACAUCAGUCAAGAGGAAUCCUUUGAGAAAGAAUCAGAAGAAGAGAUCAUGGAGGUUGAAGGCACUUCGGAAGGUCAAGAGGUGUUUGUGCCGAAGCCAGCAGAUGUGAGAGAAGGGGAGCCCUUUGAGGUAAACUGUGGAGGUUUGGACAUGAAGGUGUCUAUUCCUAAAGAUGCUGUAGAUGAGAACACUGGAAUUGACAUGGAUCCUGAGCAGUUGAAAGAAGCUUUUGGGACUGAGAUGACCAGAAUCGUCACAUGGUGUGGACACAUGAUCAAGGCGUUUUCGCGCAAGCAGACUGUGCCGGCGCUUUCCAGUUGUGAGGCAGAGCUCAUCGCAGCUGUGGACCUUGCAAAAGAGGCUUUGUCGGUGAAGUUCGAGAAGUACGAGCUGAAGACCAGGUACAACCUGUUGGUAGACAGCAUCAAUCGCGCGAUCCUACUGGGAGACUAG